AGGACUUGAAUGGCAUUCAAAUGGAACUAUGGUUAAAAUUGUACUGGUCUUCAAUAAUAUUGCUAGUGCUUGUUAGACAAGACACGGGUCUUAAGUUCUCCAUCGUACACACAAAUGAUAUGCACGCCAGAUAUGACCCGAUGAAAGAUAGCAAUGAAAAGUGCGACAUGGGUGACGAUGAGAAGGGCCUGUGCUUCGGGGGCUUUGCAAGAGUGGCUACGGCUGUGGCAAAGGCACGAGCCGAGGGUCCAACGAUUUUUUUAAACGCAGGCGAUACCUUUCAGGGAACUCCCUGGUUCACAAUAUUCAGGAGUGAGCUGGCGGGCGAACUGAUGAAUAUGCUGAAUCCAGAUGCAAUGUCGCUGGGCAAUCACGAGCUCGAUGACAACGUCAAUGGAUUGGUGCCUUUUCUUCAAAUGAUCAAAUUCCCCGUUGUCUGCUGCAAUAUAAUCCUGAAAAACGCUCCAGUCUUGCAAAAUAUGAAGAGCUUGGUUCACUCGACCAUCAUCACGAAGUUUGAGAAGAAAAUCGGGAUUAUUGGAUAUCUGACGCCCGUGACAAGAAAACUAGUCUCAGCACUCGAUAUUGAAAUCCAUAAUGAAAUACCUUACAUUAAUGCCGAGGCCAAAAAACUAACUGACAAAGGAGUCGAUAUUAUAAUUGCACUUGGACACUCCGGCUACAGCAUGGAUCAAGAUAUCGCCAGGAGUUGCCAGGAUAUUGAUCUUGUUGUCGGAGGACACUCGCACACGUUCCUAUUCACGGGCACUCCGCCGGAGAGGGAGAACCCCGUGGGCAACUAUCCAACUGUGGUCACCCGAACAAAUGGGCAACAGGUGCUGGUCCUUCAGGCGUAUGCGUAUACCAAGUAUUUGGGGAAAAUCGAUUUGGAGUUGUUGUGCCUGAGUUUCUACUGAAUGGAGGCGAUGGCUUUCACCUGAUUGAGUCGAACGAUCCGUUCACUGAGCUCUUGGAACAAGACGACAAAGGUGCCCUACAACAGUAUCUACAGGGUACACAUUUUGUUUAUCCUGCACUAGAGGGUCGCAUAGUUAUAAAAAAAUCCAAUUAGUUACAUAGUUCCUAAACAAAUAGAAUAUAUUCAAAUAUGUUCAGUUUUUAAAAAUUUUUGCAUAAACUCUAUUUUAUGACCACAA